AUGAAUUUGAGCAAGAAGAAGGUUGAUUUGGCCCUAGAAUGUCCUUUUUGCCAAACUCAGGUGGAGACUUCUGAUCACUUAUUCCUUCACUGUAAUAUCAGCAAGCAGGUCUGGUUUCUUUCUCCUCUUGGUUUACGGAUACCUCCCUCAACCGGGCUGGAUUAUUGGAUAGAUAAGAUGCUGAAUGUUGGGGACUCCUAUGGAUCUCAACUGUUUAGUGUCAUUUUGUGGAAAUUGUGGAGCUGGAGAAACCGGGUGGUCUUUAAAAAGGAGGUUUUUAUCCCACAACAAGUGGUAAAUGAAGCAACUGAAUGGAUCCAUGAGUAUAAUAUUUCAAACCCGGGUAAAGGAGAGCAUAGAGCGAUAGGGAUGGUGGAAGGCAGCGAAGGUGCGAAGCACGCGACAACGAUGGUACAUGUGGAUGCAGGCUGUUUUGAAGAUGGUACAAUUGCUAUGGGGUGUGUUAUGAAGGAGGCCAACAGAGGAGUUUUCCUAUCAGCCACAAGGAAGAUUGCAAUGGAUGUGGACCCUUCUAUGGCGGAAGCUUUGGCGCUUCGUUGGGCUUUACAAACUGCUGUGGAUCUCAAGAUCACUGAAGCUGUCUUUCACUCGGAUGCAAUGUCAGUGGUGGAUUGCAUUAACCGCCUAUCUUUCAAUGCUGUGUUGGAACCCAUAAUAGUUGAUUGCUUAGGUUUGCUUGAAUCUUUUUCUUCUGCUGUUUGUUUGUAUAUCAGUAGAAAUUGUAACAUGGAUGCUCACAAACUUGUUGGUAUUGGCCACAGAGUGGGUUCUAGGACUUGGCUAGGUGAACCCUCCUCUGAAUUAUCUAUUGUAGACUUUCCUCCUUGUUAUCGUUAA